AUGCUCUCUUUUUGCCUGCACCGACGCAGCCUCUCUAUCCUUAUAUUCCCCUUCAUCAUCGUCACAGCUCUCAUCAUUACACAAACCGACCUCCACCAUAGCAUUCCCGGGCCGCUUGGACGCACCAAACAACCCAUACCUACCGUGAAACCGACACCUCUUCACAAACCUAUCUCCACCGCGACUCCUACACCAGUCAUAGACGCCUUUCCUCUCGCAGCAUCUGCGAAAUCCCCAGCUGACCUGCCUCCGAUCCCAUCAUGGAACAAUCCUCCCACUCCUCAUGUCAAUGAAUCGACUCCACUCUUCAUUGGCUUCACGCGCAAUUGGCCUCUCCUUCAACAGACUGUCGUAUCUUACAUCACAGCAGGAUGGCCUCCAGAAGACAUCUACGUGAUCGAGAACACUGGAGUAAUGCAUUCGAACCGCAAUAACCUCCUCACCCUUCAAAACCCUUUCUAUCUCGACCAUCACCGAUUAACCAAGAUCUUAUCUGUCAAUGUCAUCUCCACGCCUACUCUCUUCACUUUCGCUCAAUUGCAAAAUUUCUAUACAUUUACAGCAUUGGAGAACAACUGGUCGCAUUACUGGUGGGCUCAUAUGGACACGGUCGUGCUCAGCGACGAGGAAUGGAAUGGCGAACCCUACAAGUCGCUUUAUAUGCGUGCUGUAGAUGCUUUAAGGGAAACGCUGGAUCCUGCCUGGGGUCCACUUGCUACGCGGUGGUUUGCGUACGACAAAUUAGCGUUAGUGCGUACCCAGGCAUUCGUGGAGCUUGGGGGGUGGGAUACUAUGAUUCCUUUCUACAUGACCGAUUGCGACAUGCAUGAACGACUAUGGAUGAGGAAAUUCAGGAUCGAAGGCGCAGAGGCAGGAAGGGUGUGGGAUGUUCAUACCUCCCUGGACGAUCUAGAGCGACUAUACAAACGCGGUGCUGAUCCUCCAAAGACGACGGCAAAGAGAGAAGGCGCCACAGAAAUCCUUCCCCGAGAGCCAGAAGGUCAACGCAACUCUGCCGUCUAUCAGGAGCUUGUGCAUAGCCUCAACAUUCUGCAGGACCUCAAAUCGAAUGCCGAAGGCGGCCGGAACACCUGGCAAGCACGGCAGCGUGGAGGUCACGGCGAACCCUUUUAUAGAGACCCCGAGGGCUUUGAAAAGGGAAUCUGGAUGUGGAUGGACUUCGGCCGUGACGUGUAUACGGAAAAAUGGGGCAGGGGACCAUGUAACCUGAGGGAAGCAGGGUUGGUAGAGGAAGAUGCAUGGAGGCUCGUCAAGGACUGGGAGAAUCCCGAUGUCCAGAAGCAAUUCAGGCUCGAUAGGGAAAAGGAAGCCAAAGAGCAAGUGAUCAAGGAGAAGGCAGAGGAGAAGGAGGGGGCGAAGGAGAAGACUUCUGUAUGA